AAAUUGAUAUGUGAAUUUAUUGUCAAGAGUUUACAUCCUUUGAGCCUAGUUGAACAGCCUGAAUUUGUUACAAUGAUGAAAGGAGGUCUUUGCAGAGAAGAAUAGAGGAAAUUUUUGAAAAUCAUGUAGAUACUUUAAAAAAUAUUUUAAAGACCCAAUCAUAUAUUUGUACCACGGCAGAUUUGAGGUAUACAAAAACUCCUAGUUUUAUGGGAAUAACAGCUCACUGGAUAACAAGAGAAACCCUUGAAAGGCAAUCAAGAUCCUUGGCAUGUAGAAGAAUGCCUGGCACUUUUUCAUUUGAUAAAAUUGCCGAGUUAUUGGAAGAAGUCUAUAGAGAGUAUGGGAUUUCUAAUAAACUAAUUGCUACUGUCACAGAUAAUGCAUCCAAUUUGAAAUUAAAUGCUAUUGACAACGAUUUUGAGGAUGAUCUAUUAGAGUUUAAUGAAAUCAAUGAUGAUUAUAAACAAAAUAAUAUUACCCAGGCACAUCAGAUGUGCCAACCACACUUUGUCCUUAAUUGCAACUAAAUAUAUUAUUUCAUCAAUAUCAAGCUCGAAGAAUCUUGAAAAGAUUCAUUAUGGACUAAUGGGGAAAUGCACAAAAUUAUGGAAUGCAUGAGGAAGGCCCAAAUAUUCUGAAAAGAUAAGGGAGAUAACAGGUGGUAUUCAGCUUAAGGUUCCAUGCAUAACGAGAUGGAACAGUUUAUAU